AUGUGCGGCCAAAGCGAGGCCUCACAUAACGCUGCAAGAGCGGUAGCAGCACUACUCAGGUUCAGCACGUUUCAACCGUCGCUGUUUGAGCGGUGUACCUAUCUCGACUCCAUCCCGCGAGGCGGGAACGGCGGCGUACUGAAUCACAUGGUAGAUGCCGAAGCUGCCAGAUGGCAGUGUCUUGGCAUCACCGUGACGCAUGGUAAAUUAUCAGCAGGACCGAUCUUUGACCAGCCCGUAAUACGGUCCAGAAUCUACGGAGAUCGCAGACCUUCAGGCCUCUUGACAUCAUUCCACGUAGGACGGAGGCCGCAUAGUUCGCAGAGCUACAAUGGAGAUAUGCCGAGGAACACGUCGGGUAAAGUAGUAAAGAAGGGACCGCCGUGCCAGCGGCACGGAGAGUCCAACGGCACGAAUUCCGCUCAGGUCAUAGCCAAAUAUACCGCCGUCAAUGAGCGAAGAUCAGCUCUCCAACAGGUGCAUGAUCAACUGUUACACACGAAAUUCAAUAUGUCGAAAUCCACAACCGGUGAUCUCGCCCGCGCUCGCAAGACCAACCACUUCGAGCUGGGGCCGGGGUACCACAUGCACGUCCAAUACCGCAAACAUUUCAGGCGAAUAAUUGAUGGUCAACAUUCAGUCACCGUGCCCAGGGUGACAUUCAUAAUUCGUGGUCCAGUGAUCGGUUUGUCCUGUGCCCAGCUUCAAAUUGGUAACUCGGCCGGGAUGACGGGGAUCUCGGUGAUGCUCGAUAAGUUUCUGAAGAAAUUCCUUUGGAGUGGUCCUCGGCUUCUAUGCUCUGAACAUACCUGGAUGCUCCCGGAUGUCUGCGCUUCGGAAAGCAUACAGCAGAAGACAGUCCGUCACCACCACGACGGUGACCAUGUGGAUGUCGGAAAUCUUGAUCUAUUCAGUUUGUUCAUGCGGCUCAAAUAUUGUUUGAUGCCGGAUCUCAUCUGUUCCUCUAUUCUAGGAUGA